AUGAAUCUAUUAAGAAGUCGAAAACUCAUCUUGAUUGUGGGUACCAUGAUUCUCACUCUCUCCGUGACUAUGGUCUUUCAAUGGAUUGUUUUUCCUCAACACAACAAAUCCAUGAAUUCCUCUCAUUUGGAUUCAAGUAUGACCACCGCUUACAGACAGCAUGCAGCAACCUCUCGUGAAUGCACAUGUGAACCAACAACCAAUGCUUCAACUUUGAACCAAAACAACAACAACAUGCAGAAGAGAAGAAACCAAAGAGUCUUCCCAAUUACAUUCUUCAGUAACGAAUACAUUACGCAUGGAAGAAAUUAUGAUUCGAGUUGGGGAAUGGGUGCGUUGUGUGGAGUGUAUUUGCAAAGUUAUUUUAGUUAUAAUUUGAAGAGUACUGACAUGGCAAAAGAGGGAAAUCAUGUGGAGACGUUUCCAACGAUUAUUGGACAGGAAGAUCGUCCAGGUACUUAUGGACACUGGAGAAAGUACAUUAUUCUCGAUCAAUUUCUCAAAAGUGAAGCAUCAAAUUAUAUCAAGGAAGAUGAUUUUGUGUUUUUCAGUGAUGGUUUGGAUGUCACUUUCAAUGGAAAUGUUCAACACAUCAAAGAUGUUUAUUAUGAAUAUUUGAAAGAUGAAAACUUUGAUGUUGAGAAACGAGAGAAUGAGAAUUGGCCCAUCCUCUUCAACUCUGAGAAGAAUAAGUGGCCACCCCUUUCACUCUUUAAAGGAAUCAAAAAUUUGGAUUUCAACUUUCUCCAACAACACUAUGUCAACAAUUAUCCAAAAAACAAACCCUACUGUCCAUCCAAUUCUGGUUUUCAAUAUCUAAACUCUGGCAUGUAUGUUGCACGCAAACGAGAUGUCAAAGCUUAUCUUGUCGCUGCCUUCAACAUGGUUGAAAAUCCUCAAAUGAUUUACAAUGACGAUCAAGCAGCUGUUCAAAUCAUGUAUGUUGCCAAAUCCUCUUCUCAAUAUUAUCCAGUAUUGGGUGAUUGUCGAGCUGCAAUGGGACUUCCAACAUAUAUAGCAUGUGAUCAUUUACAAGUGGUCAAUGAGACGUAUUGUCAUGUCAGUAAUAAGGAAAUUCCUGAGAGAAUUCCAAUUGCCAUGCACAGUAAUGGACCUAAAUGUGAUAAUUUUUGUCCGUGUGUGAGAGCCAAGUCAAGAAGUUCGAAAUUGAAACAAUUUAUGGAUUUUGAAAUUGAGAAACAAAAAGGAGUUUCCUUUACAGAUUUGAACAUUAAUUUAAAGGUGUUGUUUUACAAUUCCAAUUCGAAUAAGGUCAAUGAAAUUGUGUUGAAUGGAUUCUGCAGUGCCAAGUUGCUAUUUGACAUCCCUAAUUCGGGAUGCAUUCCCAAGUAA